CAGUCAUCUCCCUUCAAUGACCCACCGUUAACCCUCCAUUAAUAAUCAGAUUUCUAUUGCACUUCCAUGCAAUAUCAUGUCGUCUCACUUCACUAUUCAUGUCUGCUAGACUUUGUUUCUCCUUGAAACAGUGAAUCAUAUUUGCUGUCUACGUUUCAAUUUCUUUUGUUUAGUAAUUGGAAUGCUUGAAGUGUCAACUUUAAGAAGUUCCAAUGACGAAAGGAAGGGAGAGAUGGAGAGUUUCCAACUCGAAAUGGACGACUUCUCAGAUAUUUUCACUGAUGGAAAUUUAUUGGAAGGAAUUGAUUUCGAAGAUCUUUUUGUUGGUAUUGAAGAUGGAGAUGUAUUGCCCGAUUUGGAAACGGACCCAGAAAUCCUUGCCGAAUUUUCUGUCAGUGGUGGAGAAGAAUCAUCGGAAGUGAAUGCUUCGGUUUCAGUUGGAAAAGUAGAGGAGAACGAGAGAAGAGAAGAAGAAGAAGAAGAAGACAAAGAAAUUGGGAGUAAGAAAAAAGAUGAAUCAGUUGUUGUGAAUCCAUCUGGAAACGAAGAUGAGAAAAGAAGACGUAAAUCGAUGAACCAAUCUAAAAGUUCACAAGGGAAGCGGAAAGUGAAGAUUGAUUGGACUCCAGAGCUGCACAGGAGGUUUGUUCAAGCAGUGGAGCAGCUAGGGGUGGAUAAGGCAGUCCCUUCAAGGAUUUUAGAGCUUAUGGGUGUCGAUUGUCUUACUCGACACAACAUUGCUAGUCACCUUCAAAAAUAUCGAUCACAUAGGAAACAUUUACUAGCUAGGGAAGCAGAAGCGGCAAGUUGGAGCCAUAGAAGGCAAAUUCAUGGAGGAGCUGGAGGAGGAGGAGGAGGAGGAAGCAAAAGAGAGAUAAGAAGCCCAUGGCUUGCACCACCCACCAUGGGUUUUCCUCCUCUUACUCCCUUGCAGCCCUUCAGGCCCUUGCAUGUGUGGGGACAUCCAACCGUUGAUCAGUCUGUAAUGCGCAUGUGGCCUAAACAUCUUGUUCAUUCACCUACUUCUCCAUGGGCAACACCACCACCUCCUCCUCCACCUGACCCUUCUUACUGGCAGCAACUUCACCAGCUUGUUAAAGGUCCAAAUGGUCUUACACCAGGGACUCCUUGCUUUCCACAGCCACGGCCAACAACGAGGUUUUCUACAACACCAAUUCGGGGCAUUCCACCUCCAGCCAUGUACAAGGUAGACCAAGCUGGUAUGGGUGUCUCAAAUGGGCAGUCAGGCUCCCUCCCUCCCUUUGAUUUUCAUCCGUCAAAAGAGAGCAUAGAUGCAGCUGUUGGAGAUGUUUUAUCCAAACCAUGGUUGCCACUUCCUCUUGGGCUAAAGCCUCCAUCAGUUGAAAGUGUGGUUAUAGAACUCCAACAUCAGGGAAUCUCCAAAAUACCACCCACUUGUGCUUGAUCCAUUCUCAUUGAGAAGGUUUUGAUGGUGAUUUUAGCUCCAAACCAGAAUUCGACGACAUGUCUAAUUUCAUGUAAUUAAUGUAACCAUCUGAUCAGGGUAACCUUUUGGUUUUUUC